GAAUGAAAACUUCAUCAGCAACAUGGUCGACAAGCUGGCGCCGCAGAAGCAGCCCAUCGGGCCAGCUGUCUUUAAUCUCAUUGCCGACUUGAUCGUUGACAUUCUUCCCGUCGGCGGCGAGAUUAAAGCCGCUAGUACAUUUAUUAAGAAAUUCAAGAUUAUACGGAAAGCCACCAAAAAAGAUAUCAAGGACGAUGGCAAGGACAUCAUAAGCGUCUUGGAGUCAAACAGCGACAUUGACAAGCAGGCCGCAGCAACCAAGGACACCCUCACUCAGCAAUUGGAGGCUAUUGUUACUGGCACACAGCAGCGUAUGAGGGAUCUUGUCGCACAGGUAUUCGGACCGAACCAGGACCCUACCACUGUUGAUGACGACCAGAUUGUCAACACUGUUGCCUUCAUAAAUACCUACCAUGGCGGGUUUCUCGACGACCUCCCUGCACAAUCUGAUCUUACUCCUCAGAUGGAGAAGCAGAUGAAGACAUGGAUAGCUUCUCAAAUCAUCAGCAUCCUUGGAUAUGCAUUGUUCAUUGAUAGCACUCCACUGGCAGAUCCUCCCGGCCAGCCUGGCGUCGUUUGCAACGCAGAAGGUGGUAUCCCACUCAGUGGAGGCUGUGGUCUGUUCCGCAUCGGCGCUGUCGUAGGUUCCGGAAACGUCAUCGAUGGUGCGCAAAAAGCCAACGAUAUUUUUGCCCUGAAUGACCUUGGGAUUAACAUGAACGACGUCGUCAAUAAUGCGAGAGGUUGCCCUCAAGGUAAUACUGUCGACUUCGAGGGUUUUCUGGAGAUGGAUGAUUCGAACCCGUUGCCUAACUGCAUGUUCAACUUCCCGGUUCAAGACGUUAAACUAUAAUCCCAGAAAGGGAUUCUGGCCUUUAUUAGAGGAUAGAUAGGAAGGGCUUUCCUUUGUUUUUUCCCAUGUGUUUAGUAAAAUACCCGGAGUUAAGCCUAGGCAGGCUUUUGUUAUUUUAGAGCGCGGCUGUAAUUUUAGGUUGAGAAAUGUAUAUUAAGAC